AUGCAACGGGGAAAGGCUACACGUCGCAACCGCCCUCCGCUCCUAGGAGGCCUUGGGCAAAGCCCCCUAGACUUAGAAGCUAAGUUGCGGAUGUCAAGAGAGCCGCACGCGGGCGGCGCGCUGCGAAGCAGGAAAGUCCAAAAAACUUAUUAUGGAGCUAAUCCACUGUUAAUAUGCAAAAAAGAGAACCAUAAAUACAGUAUUCUCAUAGUGUUCUGUGUGUGUGUGUGUGUGUGUUGUUUUUUACUGCAGGAAGCCAAACCUUCAGCAGAGGAUUUGGGUGAUAAAAAAGAGGGGGAAUACAUUAAACUCAAAGUCAUUGGGCAGGACAGCAGCGAAAUUCACUUCAAGGUGAAAAUGACAACGCAUCUAAAGAAACUUAAAGAAUCAUACUGUCAGAGACAGGGAGUUCCAAUGAAUUCACUCAGGUUCCUCUUUGAGGGUCAGAGAAUUACUGAUAAUCAUACUCCAAAAGAGCUUGGAAUGGAAGAAGAAGAUGUGAUUGAAGUUUAUCAGGAACAGACAGGAGGCCAUUCAAAAAUUUAGAAUGUUUGCUUUUUUCCCUUUCCCCUUCCCCUUUAUCCUUUUUUAUUUUUAAAUAAUAGUUCUUUUGUAAUGUGGUAUAUAACACUGAAUUAAAUCCAAUGCCCCAUUCCUAUGUUUGAAAUAUUAUUUCCAGUUGUCUGUUUUGAAUUCUUGUGCUCAUUAUACACUGUCAUUGUGUCAGACUCUUGUGAUCCUACUGCAGUUGUGCUUCCCAAUUUUUCCUGUUUUCUCUUUAGAAAUGCAACUGUCUACACAUGUGGUUAUGUGUUGGCAAGGCUUGCGUAUUCAAGCCUGUUGACAAAUUUGCCAGUGGGCAAAGAUUCCUAAUAUUCAUAUUGGCCUGAAAUUUAGGUGUGUGACUUUUAUUUGUGGAUUUUAAGAUAAAAAGGUAUGAAAGAUUUUUGAAAUCUAAACAGAAGGAUUGUGUCCUAAAAUUAAGAGUUUUCUGUAGGUUUUACUGGGAAGUAUUCAAAUGCUGAUGGCAAAAAUGUAGUUUCUUUAUGGUAAUAUUAUCUUUGAAAUGGCUUCACUGAAGAUAACAUGGACAUUUUUAGGAUUUUUGUCAACAGAAGAUCCUAGGAAGUUCUAAUUUUUAGUAAUGUACACCUUCAUGCAACAAGACUUAUGAUUUUUAUGUUGUACCUGUUUGCCUGGAAUGUGGUUUUUCAAUGGACAUAGAUUGUAUUGGCUUCCCUUUAAAUAAAUAAGAGGAAACAAAUUCAUACACCUCCGCAUUUUCUUUUAAGACAUGAAUCUGGAAGAUUAUUUGAAAAACUAGUGAGGAAUAUUAAAAGUAGUUUCAUAUCAAUACUUGAGGAUGUAAUAUAGGAAAAAUUGUUAACUUGAUUCAUUUUUGAGAAUUAGCAGUUUCCCUGCUGCUUGCUUUCAGUUUAUAAGUAGAAAUAAAGAAUUUAUCUUUCACUGGGAGUUGUAUUUUGUACAUGCAAUGUGUAGCUCCUGAACUCUGAAAAUUCAUGUUACUGUAAAGUAACGAUGGAAAAAUAAAGAAGAAAUGAAAAUAAAUGAAUACUCAAAACAUCCUUCUUUAGGUGUUUAAAAAACAGGGAUGUACCAAGUCCUCAGUUUCAGAGAAUCACAUAAAAUACUGGGACUCAGUUAUGAAUAACCUAAUCUAUUGAUUUCAGUGAAAUUUAACCUUGAAAAUCCUCGGUACUUUGCAGACAAGUGCAUCCUGUAUAAGAUGCACUUAUUCUUCAGAUGCUUCAGAAAUUCUUCAGAUUCUUCAGAAAUGCUGAAAAAACAUUGACCUAAGAUCAAGAUUCUCACCUUUUAAAAUCCAGAGCUUUUCCUUUUGACUUCAGUAGGUUCAGGAUUGAAGACCUUGCAUUAAAUCCUGUUUGUUUGUAUAAAGAAGUAAACUAAUUGAUUUUCAGACAGCUCACGUUGGCAAUCUUAGAGUAUAGAUACCUCUAAAAAAAAGAUGUCUGGAAAUAAGUUACUCAUUGAUGUUUGGAAAUUAUGUGAAAUAGUAUUCUAAAAUGAGGGCUGAUCAACAAAACCUUUGUUUCCUAAGUGAUUGUCUAAUUCAAAAUUUUUUACCUUCGUAUCUUGGUUUACUGCAGAACUGUCAUAGAAAACCUGUUAAUGCUAGAAAGGUUUUUUGGCUCAGGUUUGCAAUAUUGAUGAUGGCAGGACUAGAAACAUAUUGCUCUACCUCGGGUUUAUUUUCGUUGCCAGGGGAAUGGGAAAAGGUCAAAAAUUAAGACUGCAAUGUUCUUAACCAUACUUUAACAAACCAUUUAAUUGUAUUUACUUUUUGGGCACUUACUGUAAAGUGUUAAAUGGAUCUUCUCCAAUGCUUGUAGUUUCCAUGUCCCACUACUGAUGCCUUUUUUGUACGCAUGCCGAACUUUUUUUAAAAAUUAAAACUUGUUUUCAAAAAUCAUAA